AUGAAUAUCAAUCCUAGCAUUUCUGGUAGUCUUACUGCCAUUCUCAACAUAGCAAUUCCUUGCAUUAAAAAACUUGGAUCGACUGUAUGUUUCCUUCCACCUGUAUGGAGACCCCAGCAACAUCAUGUCGAAAUAGGAAGUAAUUUUGGAAAACCAAAUAACACAGUUCUGGUUAACGAAGGUUCACUACAUGAGGAAAAUUUGGAUAAUUCAAUCAAGAUUACGGAGGAAGGGAAUCAUUCUGGGAAAGAUAAUUGCACAUCUCAUACUUCAGUCCAGUCAUUGCAAGUCAAUGAUGAUAUGCAAGGAUUGGAUCCUCCAGUCAUUGAUGCUGCUCAAGUCAAGGAUGAGAAUGUAGAGAAGAGCAAAGAGGUUGCUUUGGAUGAUGAGAGAGGUCUGACAUGUUCAAGAGAACCUCCUGAUAAGGGUUUUCAAACAGAUGAUGAGCUCUCUACUACUCUGGCAUGUAUUGAUGUUGAUUCUCAAAGUUCAGAUACUAGUGAAAAUUAUGUGGCAGCUAUGCAGCCUAAGGACUUUGUUUAUUCAGGUGUUGUAACCAGAUCAAAAACUG